AUGUCCGAACAAACCAUAACCCUGCACACCUACUUCCGCUCCUCCUGCUCCGCGCGCCUCCGCAUCGCCCUCAACCUAAAAUCCCUCCCCUACACCUCCAUCCCCAUCAACCUACUCAAAAACGAGCACCACCAGAGCCAAAACACAUCCCUAAACCCCUCCGCCAGCGUGCCCACCCUCAUCAUCGAAAACCCCGAUGGAAAAUCAAUCAUAAUCCCCCAAUCCCUUGCCGCGCUCGAAUACCUCGAAGAAACCCACCCCCAAGCGCACCCCCUCCUCCCACCACUCUCCGACCCCACCGCGCGCGCAACAGUCCGCACCCUCUCCAGCAUCAUCGCCUGCGACGUGCAGCCGGUCACGAACAUGCGGAUCCUGAAGCGGGUGGCGCCGCUCGGUGUGGACAGGGAAACAUGGUCGAAGGAUUUAGUGGAGGAUGGGUUCCGGGCGUACGAGGCUAUUGCGGAGAAAACAGCAGGAAAAUAUAGUGUUGGAGAUGAGAUUACCUUGGCGGACGUAUGUCUUUUGCCUGCUGUUUGGGGGGCGGAGAGGGUAGGUGUGGAUUUGGGGAAUUUUCCGGUUAUUAAGGGGGUUAGGGAGAGGCUGGAAGAGGUGGAGGCUGUGAAGAGGGCGCAUUGGAGAUGUCAGGGCGAUACGCCGGAGGAGUUUAGGGUUGGUGAUAGGCAGUAA